CGCCCGCCCGCCGCCGCUCCGCGCUUCACCCAGCGCGACCCGUCCCCGCGCCCCCAACCGCCUCCGACGGCCGCCCAGUCCCGAGGGCGCCAUGAGGAGCCUGUGCUGCGCCCCACUCCUGCUCCUCCUGCUGCUGCCGCCGCUGCUGCUCACGCCCCGCCCUGGGGACGCCGCCGUGAUCACCGGGGCUUGUGACAAGGACUCCCAAUGUGGUGGAGGCAUGUGCUGUGCUGUCAGUAUCUGGGUUAAGAGCAUAAGGAUUUGCACACCUAUGGGCAAACUGGGAGACAGCUGCCAUCCACUGACUCGUAAAAAAAAUUUUGGAAAUGGAAGGCAGGAAAGAAGAAAGAGGAAGAGAAGCAAAAGGAAAAAGGAGGUUCCAUUUUUUGGGCGGAGGAUGCAUCACACUUGCCCAUGUCUGCCAGGCUUGGCCUGUUUACGGACUUCGUUUAACCGAUUUAUUUGUUUAGCCCAAAAGUAGUCGCUCUGGAGUAGAAACCAAAUGUCAAUAGCCACAUCUUACCUGUAAAGUCUUACUUGUGAUUGUGCCAAACAAAAAAUGUGCCAGAAAGAAAUGUUUUUGCUUCCUCAACUUUCCAAGUAACAUUUUUAUCUUUGAUUUUUAAUUGAUUUUUUUUUUUUUUAUCGAAAGGGAAUUUUACUUUUGGGUAGAAAUAUAAAGUGUAAGGCAUUAUGGAACUGGUUCUCAUUUCCCUGUUUGUGUUUUGGUUUGCUUUGGCUUUUUUCUUAAGUGUCAAAAACGUACCCAUUUUCACAAAAAUGAGGAAGAUAAGAAUUUGAUAUUUUGUUAGAGAAACUUUUUUAUUUUUUUCUCACCACCCCGAGCCCCAUUUGUGCCCUGCCACACAAAUACACCUACAACUUUUGGUCCCCUGCCUCUUCCACCUCAAAGAAUUUCAAGGCCCUUACCUUACUUUAUUUUUCUCCAUUUCUCUUCCCUCCUCUUGCAUUUUAAAGUGGAGGGUUUGUCUCUUUGAGUUUGAUGGCAGAAUCACUGAUGGGAAUCCAGCUUUUUGCCAGUAUUUAAAUAGUGAAAAGAGUGUAUAUGUGAACUUGACACUCCAGACUCCUCUCAUGGUGCGGACGCUAGGAGUGCUGCCGGACCCUUGCUAAACCUGUCACUCAGGAGGACUUCAGCUCUGCUGUUGCGCUGGUGUGUGGACAGAAGGAAUGGAAAGCCAAAUUAACUUAGUCCAGAUUUCUAGAUUUGGGUUUUUCUAAAAAUAAAAGAUUACUUUUACUUCUUUUACUUUUUAUAAAUUUUUUUUUCCUUAGUCUUCUACUUAGAGAUAUUCUAGAAAAUGUCACUUGAAGAGGAAGUAUUUAUUUUAAUCUGGCACAACAAUAAUUACCAUUUUUAAAUCGGUAUUAAGUUGUAAUUUAAACCUUGUUUGUAACUGAAAGGUCGAUUGUAAUGGAUUGCCGUUUGUACCUGUAUCCAUAUUGCUAUGUAAAAAUUCUGUAUCAGAAUAAUGAAAGUACUGUAUAUCAUUUGAUUUAUUUUAAUAUUAUAUCUUUAUUUUUGUCA